AUGAGCGUACGCGUCGUCGCGAGGAUACGUCCUCUACUGAAACAGGAGCUCGACAAAGACACCAUCGUCACCGCCGAGACAUUGGAGGGCGACAUCACCCCGGCGGUCGUGCGGAUACCGAGUCCGAAGAACGAGGCCGAGUCCUUCAGCUUCCAGUUCAGCUCUGUGUACGAGCAGGACGCGACGCAGCAGCAGCUUUUCGAUGCCGAGAUCGCGCCGACGGUGAAGCACCUGUUCAAUGGCUUCGAUCUAUCUAUCUUCGCACAUGGCUGCACCGGCACCGGCAAGACGCAUACGAUGCGCGGAGGAAAGUCGCUGGCAGACCGCGGUGUCAUCCCAAGACUGUUGAGCUCGAUAUACCGACGCUGCAAGAAGAUCGAGAAGGACACGGCUGGUGCCACACACGUCGAGGUCGCCCUGGAAUACUUCGAAAUCUACUGCGAUCGCGUCUACGAUCUGUUUGAACCGCCGGAGAAGCGCACCCCGUCUGGCCUGCCUAUCCGAGACAACAAAGGCAAGACUGUCGUCGUUGGUCUUACAGAGAAGCCAUGCACAACGCUUAAGGAGUUUGAGCAGCUUUAUGACCAGGCCAACAUGAACAGGUCAACAUCCGCGACUAAGCUCAACGCACAUUCCUCCCGAUCCCAUGCCGUUCUCUGCGUGAAGAUCACGCAAACUACCGAAGACACGGUUCGCGUCAGCCGAGCAUCCUGCAUUGAUCUUGCAGGAUCCGAAGACAACCGACGAACCGAGAAUAACAAAGAGCGUUUGGUGGAGAGCUCGGCCAUCAACAAGUCAUUAUUCGUACUUGCUCAAUGCGUAGAAGCUAUGAACAAGAAGGCUAGCCGGAUCCCGUACCGCGAGUCCAAGAUGACGAGAAUCUUGUCGCUGGGUCAGAAUAAGGGCUUAACUGUCAUGAUUCUGAACCUUGCGCCGACCCGCGCAUACCACCUCGACACCAUUAGUUCCUUGAACUUCGCUAGCCGGACGAAGAAGAUCGAGAUCGCAGAGGUGGAGAACGACCCCAUGUACAGGACAGCAGUCAAACCAUUGGCGAUAACUAGUAGUGUUGGCGGAGCAACAAUGUCACGGCAACCGCUACGAUCCAUCGCUGCCGCACAUAACGCGAACAUCCCGGAGCCAGAGAAGGGAAAGAAGGGAGAAAAGCCUACCAAGGCCUUCUCUGUCUACUCCGACGCUCGCAAGGCUGCUGCUGCUGCUCCUCGCGUUUCUAAUCUUGCGCAGAACCAGGGAGUACGAAGAACUGAGGGUUCCAAACGAGCAGCUGAACCCAGCAAUACAUUCGCGACGCGACCAACGAAGGCAUUCCGAACUGGGGAUAGCACCUCACGGAUACCGAACAGAGAGCCUGCUCUGACCAAGGCUUCGAUUGAGGCUCUCAUUGCACAGAAGGUGGACGAGAGGCUGGCAGAGAAGGCAUUGCAAGACGCCGGUACCGCUGCGCCAGCGCUUUCUGCAGAGUUGCAGAAGCGCUUGGACGAGCUCGAGCACCGUAUCGAUGCACACGAAGAGGACGGAAAGUCGCAGGGUCUACAAUUCCUGCUUAUGGCGAAGCAACAUCACAUGCGCGGAGAGGAUGCCAGCGCACUUAGAAUGUACCACCUGGCCCAACCCUUCUUCCCCGGCAACGCAAAGCUAGAAUCCAAGAUGAAGGCCCUCGAAGACCGGAUACGCGCAAAGAAGGAAGAAACCACCAAGCACGUCUCCGCCCCCGUAGAGCUACCCUCGCACACCGCCGCCGCAGCGCCCCCCUCGAACCUCCUCAUGGCCCCCCUCAAAGCCGUCGAAAAGAAACAAUCAAAGCCAAAGAUGGUCUACAAAGACGACUCCUCAGACGACGAAGAAUUCGCUCCCCCGCCCCCCUCCGACCACGAAGACUCCUACGCCUCCGACACCAGCUUCCAGUACACCAGCAAAUCCAAGCCCGCCCGCAAACCGAAAAAGACGACUAAGAAACUGCCCAUCUUCCGCGACGACACUGCCCCGACUACGACUACGACUCUGAACACCACCACCACCGCCGCCGCUGAUCUCCCGUCUCACUCCGCCUCUGCCUCUGUCCAACAAACGCCUCGUACCAGCCACCUCCUCAAGAUCAUCAAUUCACGCGACGUCAACCAGAUCAAAGCGUUAAAGGGUGUCGGUGCAAAGAAAGCGGAUAACAUUGUGAACUGCCUGGUCGAAAUGGAUGAUGCUGAGAUUAUGGAUUUGGAGUCGCUGGCUAUGCUGAAAGGUGUGGGGGGCAAGACAGUGGAUAAUAUGAGACUGGGGUUGAGCGUUGUUAAUACUUCUUAUGAUUUCUAG